UUUCAACCUUCUAGAAAGAAAAUAGAUAAAAUUUAACAGCCACCAGACAAGCAUGACACUGCACCUAUUGAGGGACAGAUAGGCUGUCUUUGCUUGUGGUCUUGAAAAUUUUGUGUGGUUCUUUUCCUUAGUUCAUGUCCUAAGUGCUAUCAUUCUGGAUACUACUACUUUUUCUUCCUGAAACAACCUUAUGAGGCAACUAUCAUUACCCGCAUUUUAGAGGCAAAGAAACUGAGGCACAAAGAAGGACAUAACUUGCCAAGGUCACAUGGCUCGUAAAUAGCAGAGUGGGGGCUUAAACCUAUGGUUUCUGAGCCUAGAAUCUAAAUGCAGAGCUGCAUUGGGUGUAGCUUUAAGGUCCAGGAUAGGUCCUUUGACCUUGAGGGGCCGGUGGCUUCUCCCUAUAUACCAGAGACCCUUACUGCUGCAGGGCUUUCAAGGUGACCUAAGGUUUUGAUAUCACUCAUAAUGCUCUUAGGUAAUGUGGUCGGGCCACAGGGUCAAAAAGAAUUGAUCACAGUAUGGUGUCAUCACAAAAUCCAAACAGCUUGUGAUCACAGCAUUAGGGUUUGAAGGUGAAGACAAGGUUUGGGGAAUAUAUGGCCACCCGUAAGGGUCUCUGCUGGCUAAAGGAGAACUUUCAGCCUGCCCACAAGGCUCUCAAUAAGCAGGAGACAUUUAGACUAAGCUCAGACAACUUUUACCUUUGUUUCUAGAUUCCUUCUGCAUCCAGAGUCUUUUCUCAUCCAUACCCACCCCCCCACUGUCAGCUUCUUUCUGCCUUCUCUUAGAAGGGAGGAUGGCACAGUGGUUAACAGCAGAGGCUUUGGAGACACCUAGAUUGGAUCUGAAUCUUGCCGUGUAUCUGGGGCAUGUUACUUAAGCACGUUUAGUCUCAGUUCCUACAGCUGGAAAAUGGGAGAAGUAAUCAUACCUUCCUCAUACAGUUGUGCCAUUAAAAUUUGCCGGCGUCCAAAGACACGCAUAGGAGCAUUCACAGCAGCUUUAUUCAUCGUAAAGCUGGAACAGCUGGGAACGGCCCAGAUGCCCAGCACUAGAAUAAAGAUGUUCUGAUCUCUUUGUACAGCAGACCAUUGCUGCACAACAAGAGAAAACAGCUGCUGUUAUACUCGGCAUGGAUGAGUGUCACAGGUGUUAUGUUGGGUGAAGCUCUAGAACAGGUGAACCUCCUAUACAGUGAUAGAAACACGAGAGUGGCUGCCUGUAGGAGAGCACGGACUUGAAAGGGUAGGAGGGAGGCUUCUAGUUUGGGGUCUGUACUUAUAUUCACUCUGGGUGGUGAUGGCAUGGCUGUGUACAUGGGGACACUUUCACUGAGUUCUACACUUCGGAUGUAUGCACUUGACUGUAUGAAAAUUAUAUCUCAAAAAGAAAAAAACAUUUAGCAUAAUACCUGUUGUAAAGAGGACCCUCAGAAAACAUUCUUUCCUGCCCUCAUGUGUUUGUGAACCUCACUUUUUGUGAGAUGAGCCAUUUCAGCACGAGAAGACUGACAGAUAUAAUUUGUUUCCUGGGAAGUUAUGUUCCAAGACUAGCCGGGUCCUCACUGUCCAGACAAGGGCUGCUUGAAACCCUUUUUCCUCGGGUGGAUCUUUUUCUUCCCUGCCCUCUCUCAUCCUCUCCUCGGUUAAUGCACAUCUCUUACAGGCUAUGCGGUGACGGCCGGCUCCUUCUCUCGCCCGUCCACCACCGAUGUGGUAGGAGGUGCCCCCCAGGACGAAGGCAUCGGGAAGGUUUAUAUUUUUAGAGCUGAUCGAAGAUCAGGCACCUUAAUUAAGAUUUUUCAGGCAUCAGGUAAAAAGAUGGGCUCUUACUUCGGCUCCUCCUUAUGUGCAGUUGACCUGAACGCAGACGGCCUCUCUGACCUGCUUGUGGGGGCCCCCAUGUUCUCUGAGAUCAGGGAUGAGGGGCAGGUCACCGUCUACAUCAACAGAGGAAAUGGAGCCCUCGAGGAGCAGCUGGCCCUGAGUGGUGAUGGCGCCUACAACGCACACUUUGGGGAGAGCAUCGCCAGCCUGGGCGACCUUGAUGAUGACGGGUUCCCAGAUGUGGCCAUUGGCGCACCCAAGGAGGACGACUUCUCCGGGACCGUCUAUAUCUAUCAUGGUGACGCUGGCGGGAUCGUCCCUCAGUACUCAAUGAAACUGUCAGGCCGGAAGAUAAGUCCAGUUCUGCGGAUGUUUGGGCAGUCCAUAUCAGGGGGCAUUGAUAUGGAUGGAAAUGGCUAUCCUGGUAAGCUGUUUCUCUUUGAAGGCAUAUGAGAUAAAUGAAGAUAAAUGCUGAGGUAGUCAUUUCCAGUCUGGUUAAGCAGUGGUGACAUCUAUUUAGGAUGAGGAAAAUUCCCACAAUAGAAGGGGAUGCUCUGCCUGGUACUUGAUUUUAAGGUGUUGAAGUUUAUUUUGGGGUUUUAGAAUGAUCUAUUCUGAAGACUUUAAGCACCAAAAGGAUGGAUUGAUUUCAAAAGAAACAAACAAACAAAAACAAAAAACCAGUGAUUUCUAUGGUGGCAGCUCUUUCUAAUGAAGAAAAAAAAAAAGCACUGACCACAUUGAAAAUGAUAGUGAAACCUCAUGUUUUCCUCGAUAUUUAAGCAUAGAGGCUUCUAACCCUUGAGAGGGGAAAAAGGAUCUGGGCAGCACCUUUCCCACCUCCUAACCCCUGCAAGAGAAUUGAAAUAUUUGGAGCAAAGAAGAAAACCAUGCCCUCUUCCUGACGGACAAAGCAGACCUUCACCGUUCAGGGCUGGCUGCCUUGUCUUCAGGGUGAAUUCAUGCCUCGUGGUGGUUGAGGCUAAUUGAAUAAAAAUCCGCAUUUCCCACCUCAAUCCCAAAUGUUGUCCAGUUUAGGGAAAAUGCACUGGGCAGGGAGAUGGUGGUUCUUCUGGGGUUUGAAGGGGACGGAGUGGGGUGAGGUGAGGAAACACAGAUGAGAAUUUGAAAAAAUCCGAAAUCGUCCUGGAAUUCAGGAAACAUUUCCCUGGAACUACCGGUCAUCUUGCUGUCUUGAGGAAGUAUUUCUUUCCACUUAAAAUGCCCUGGAAGGACUUCUGAGACCCAGGGCAGUGCCGCACGAGGGCCGUGCAUUUGGUAGUUUCUUACGGGCAGCAGUUUUGAUUUCUUGUGACCUUACAGAGCCAGGAGGAGGGGAUAGGAAAGGGUCAUUGCUGAAGCUUUUGUUCCUAUGGACUCUCAUGGGUCUUCUUAAGUCGGAGAAAGCAGUUCUUGUUUUGGGUAAUUUGUGGCCGUCCUGAAAUAAUACCUGAUGUUGGCAAAAUGCUCCCAUGUGCAGUUUACCUCUUAUAGUUAGUGCAGCAGGUGGGUAGAGGUGGGGUAUCCCCCACAAGGGUACCGAGCCACAGAAAACUUAGGGGCCCAGCCAGAGGCCAUAUCGUGGUAGGCCGAGAUGCACGUGCAAUAUGAA